UGUACAGUGCGGAAUACGUUGCAGGUUGUGACGUCAUCAGCGGGUUGGUCACUGACUGAAUCGUCUGACUGGAGACCAACAGGUGCCAACAGGUACUUCGUUAGUCUACCAUCAAAGUCAGCUGGAGGAUAUAGGUGCUCUACUUUUAACUGCGCUUGGAAAAUAGAGAAAACGAAACCCAAGGCACAGACUGCUCUACACGGGGGCUUCGACAGGUCACCCAAACAACUCCACAAAGUGAAGGAAGUAAAGCGGCCGUGGUCUACGUACUCAGGCGGUGGAUAUGGACACCUUAGUCGCCUGCGUCCGGUAAAGACAUUUUCUGCUCCUUCGAGACCUGUCUCACAACCCCAGGGAUACCAUGCUCCAUCUUCGAGACCUGUCUCACAACCCCAGGGAUACCAUGCCCCAUCUUCGAGACCUGCCACUCAAUCUCAGGGAUACCAUGCCCCAUCUUCGAGACCUGCCACACAAUCCCAGGGAUACCAUGCCCCAUCUUCGAGACCUGCCACACAAUCCCAGGGAUACGAAGCCCCAUCUUCGAGACCUGCCACACAAUCUCAGGGAUACCAUGCCCCAUCUUCGAGACCUGCCACACAAUCUCAGGGAUACCAAGCCCCAUCUUCGAGACCUGACACACAGUCUCAGGGAUACCAUGCCCCAUCUUCGAGAACUGCUACACAAUCCCAGGGAUACCAAGCCCCAUCUUCGAGACCUACCUCACAGUCUCAGGGAUACCAAGCCCCAUCUUCGAGAACUGCUACACAAUCCCAGGGAUACCAAGCCCCAUCUUCGAGACCUGCCACACAAUCCCAGGGAUACCAAGCCCCAUCUUCGAGACCUGCCACACAAUCACAGGGAUACGAAGCCCCAUCUUCAAGAUCUGCCACACAAUCCGAGAGAUUUGAAGCCCCAUCUUCGAGACCUGCCACACAAUCCCAGGGAUACCAAGCCCCAUCUUCGAGAACUGCCACACAAUCCCAAAGAUUCGAAGUCCCAUCUUCAUUUUUAACAGACUCGUCUACAUCUUAUGAGUCCCUCCAUCCAAGAGUUUCUUCAUCUGUUCUGACUUCUGAUCCGUCUUCGGAUCGCCAUUCUUCCUAUACCCAGACAUCGUCUCUUAAUUCUUUCUUACCGUCCUCCUCUCUUAACCUCUCAUCAUCGUCGAAGUCUCCUGGAAGUAGGUAUCAGAGAGCUUCCCCUCCUCUACCACUUCCGCCAUAUUUAUCCCGUUUUCUGAAUUUACAGACAACAGGUCGCUCACCCCCCACUGUUGUUUCCCUUGCCAGGCAACAUGAGUAUCCUUCUUCAACGCCUCUAUCAACGCAGCAGAGUCCCAGGGAUAGUGUAUCCAUCCCAAGGAGCUCCCUAUCCACAGUCAACUCUCAACUGGUCCAGAGUCUACCUGCUAUACGUCUCCCAUUAGAGAAAACGGGCACCUUUUUGUCUUCUGAUGACCCGACCGACGCUGCUGUGUAUUCACUUCUUUCUUCCAAUGAUACUCUUCUGGCGUUUCUAACCCCAUCCCAUAUAAAGUCAGCAAUAUCUUCCUCCCUCCCCUCACCACUUCGAACACCGGAUUCCUCAACAGAUUCAAGUGAAGGAACUCUACCCUAUCCACCCUCAGCCCUCGCUUCUUACUUUAACUAUCCUUUCCAGCUUCUCAAUAUUUCUUCUCUAUCGGAAAUUCCCUCUCGCUUGUCAGUAGGCUCUUUCCCCUUUCGCGUCUCAGCUUCCCAGACAGGAGAAGAUGCUGGCCGAUCGGGAUCUAAAUCACAAGGUGCGGCCGAGAGUAAUACAAAGACUUCUUCCGCCAACGAUGAACUUAUUUCUGCCAUUGCUAAUCUUCUUCUUCGUGAGAAAAUGAACGAAAUGAGAGAGAAUGCAAUGCUGAAAGAAAGUCCGAUGAACUUCAUGCCAGACAUUGAACAAACAGCUACUGCCAAUGAGUCAAAAUCACCAAAGAUGACUUCUGAUGGCUAUGAUGCCAGCCUGAACUCAACUGAUAGACUGGUAACUGGUACAGAAUGGAUGAAAUUUAUUACAAAACAUUUAAAGCCCAUUUCCAAUGGCAUGAAAAAGACAGAAGAAUCGUCCAAAGACCACGAUGACUUCCCAUUUAAUGUCCUAUUGGGAACAAAUAUGAUGUCUAAGUUGGCCUCACGAAUUCGUCCUGAAGAGGACGACGAGAAAACCUUAACACCACAAAUCUCAGACAUAGAGAAAAUGGCCAGGAAAGAAAAUUCUCAACAGGAAAUGCCACGAUUCUCCCAAGCAGACGUUCUCAACUCCAACUUGGGUGAAAAUAACGUCUUUCAACUUUUCAAGCCGAUAAUUCCAGCCCGAAAUGUAAAUGACAAGGAGGACGAACUUAAGAAAACUGUGGAGAAGAAAGACUCCUGGCUGACAGCGGAAGUUGAUCUCGGACCAAUGGGGAUCCUCACCUUGGAAAUUGGUGAUUACCUCAGUGAUCAAAUGUACUUAGACGUUGACAUCAACGCUCGCGAACAACCUGCAGCUAACAACGCCUCCAACAAUAAUAGCGAAUUUGACUCAUUGAUCAGUAAAGACACGUUAAUGGACGCGUUAAGCGUGCUCAAAGGUACUGGGCAAGGGCUCUCAGAAUCUAAUCUCAGUCAAGGAAAUAUUGACAAGCUAAGGUCAUGGCUGAAUAGGGUCACUGGCCACACCCAGGCUGGCCAUACAGAGAGUGUUCUUAGCCAGGACGAGACACCCAACCCGCCUUUCCAGGUCCAUCUUAGCUUCUCCUCACCAGUCAACAAAACCAUGCUGGUCAAACUCUCAAACAUCCUCAAGACGAACACCUCCGGCGCCAGCAGCCCCAACCUCGUCAAACCUCUUAUAAAUCUUAACGUGACGUCCGGGAGAGUAGCGGCGAAGGCCAACUCCUCAGACGCCGCCAAGCGGUCACGUCUAACACAAGCUUACUACUACUAUCAUCGUCUCGGGCAGCAAGCGCAGUCUCAGGAGCGUAACCGAAUGGGUUUCUUAAGUGACGAGAGCCUCAGUAAUCAACUUAAACAAGAAAGGUCCCCUCAAGACGAUGCAAGUGGAGUAAUCAAUCUUUGGAAAGUCAUCCCGACGCUCAAUUUAAACUUUGACAACGAGACCAGGAACUCGCUGUACAACGAGAGUUCACUGCGGAGCUUCAUGAAGAAUGCCAUAUCAUUCUGGAACUCGGCCUUGAGGCAGGUGGACUCAGGAGACCAGGACCGAGACGUAACCCAGCAUCGUACUGGCCACCGCCCACCUCUGCCACCCCAUGAACUAACAGCGCCUCCAGGGGCCAGAGAGAAUUCCCUUGGACCUCAAGUUGGGCCACUGGAAGCCUACACAAGGCCACUGGAAGCCUACACAAGGCCACUGGAAGCCUACGCAAGACCACUGGAAGCACCCGUGAGCCCACUGGAAGCAUACAUAGACCCACUGGACAAACUCAUAAAGCCCUUAGAAGCAUUUAUAAAUCAAUCAAGAACCCACGUCAACUUCCUGAUCGAAAAGAAUCGACUUGCAAAAGCAUACUCCAACUCGUCGAAGACACAACCCACACCCGCUGCAACGAACACCGAGUCACCCAUCCCGUCUAUACCGCCACAAGCGAUCUAUGGCGACAAUCCAGCGGCUAGACCGAACGCUUCGACGGUAAAUCAUCCGAGAAACCUCCGUGACUUAGCAGUUGCGUAUCCCUACCACCUCCCUCCUUCGGCUCCCAGCGAGGACCAGCUGCUGGCGUGGAUGUUGCAUGGGAUGAAGGCUGAUAGAGAUCUCAGAGGAGAUGGUGCACAGAUUGGUAGAGAUAGGGGUGGGGAUCAGCAGGCUGUCUGGGAUAGGAACAGGGAACAGCAGGCUAUCUGGGAUAGGAACAGGGAACAGCAGGCUAUCUGGGAUAGGAACAGGAAUCAGCAGGGUGUCUGGGAUAGGAACAGGGAACAGCAGACAAUAUGGGAUAGGAACAGGAAUCAGCAGGCUAUCUGGGAUAGGAACAGGGAACAGCAGGCUAUAUGGGAUAGUAACAGGGAUCAGCAGGCUGCCUGGGAUAGGAACAAGGAGCACCAGGUUGACUGGGAUAGUAACAGGGAUCAACAGGCUGUCUGGGAUAGAAGCAAGGAUCAGAAUGCUGCCUGGCAUAGAAACAGGGAUCAACAGGCUGCUUGGGAUAGAAACAUGAAUCAACAGACUGCCUGGGAUAGAAACAGGGAUCAUCAGGCUGCCUGGGAUAGAAACAGGGAUCAACAGACUGCCUGGGAUAGGAACAGGAAACAAGAGGGUGUCCUGGAUCGAAACAGAAAUGAUCCUUGGGAUACAGGCAGGGAUAAUAACUAUUCCAGAGAUAGGAACAGAGAUAAUAAAGCAGCCUUGGAUAAGAACACUGAACAACUGGCUAUCUUGGAUAGAGAGAUGAAACAACAAGCUAUCUGGAACAGAAAUAUACCGCACCAGGUUAUCUUGGAUUGGACAAAAGAGCAACAGGCUAUAUGGGAUAGGGAAAGACACCGAGGUAGUGUAGGGGAAGGUAGAGGUGAUCGCCGAGCUGACGGGGAAAGAAGGCGAGAUUUUGAAGGCAAAAGCGGAAGACUUUAUGCAGAAAGAAAGCAAAAUAGCCAUGUCCCCCCUGCAGGCGGGAAGCGUCUUCAAAGCGGUGGAGACAGCGAGAGUCUCAAGAAUGGCAGAGAUAAGGAGAUUCUCAAGAAUGGCAGAGAUAAGGAGAUUCUCAAGAAUGGCGGAGAUAGGGAGAUUCUCAAGUCUAUUAUAGAGAGGGAGAUUCUAAAGAACGGUGGAGAUAAAAGAGAUCUCGAUAAUAGCGGAAAUGUAGCAGAUUUCAAGAAUGGUGGAAAACGGGGUAAUCUAACGAAUGAUAGAAGCAUAGAUCUCGAUAAUUAUGGAGACAAGGCAAACCUCAAGGGUGAUAGAGCGAGAGAAGGAAGGCAAGAAGAGGGAGACAAAAAUGAUCACAAGGACACUCUGGAUGGAAGGGACCAUAAGAGUAACAUAGACCUGAGCAACUACAGUAUAUUCAUAGACAAACACGAGGCUUACCAGACCCGAAAGGACAGAGCAGGAGAUCUGGAGGCUGGAGGUGUCCAUGGAGACCAACAGGUAUACCAGAACUCACUAGGAGACCCAUUUGUUGUGGUGGAGGCUCCUGAUCUAUCCCGGCACUCUUCAAAGAGCCCUUAGAAGCAUUCAUAAAUCAAUCAGAAACACACGUCAACCUCCUGAUCGAAAAGAAUCAACUUGCCACCACGGAAUGUUUGGGAAAUUAAACCCAAUAUUAUAUUGUACAUAAGUAGAUAUUGCUUUUUUAUCUAUUGUAAGAGAUUAAGAAUAUAGUAAUAGAGGAAAUUGUGUAGGACCUAUUGGUCCAUUAGAGGCAGCUUGUGUAUGUCAAACCUUCGGUUGAAACAACACAGCGACCCCACAUCAACUGUAAUUACCAGAAAAUUGCUCUCGAAUUCCACAUCCUUAUUUCCAACCCAUUCUCGCUCCCCCCACCACCAAACUCUUUUCUAAAGCUAAACUUAUCAAAUUGAUAUACGUUGCUUCAUGCCCUAUUUUAAGUAGAUAUUUAUAGUUCUGAAAUACGAUUCCUGUCGUCAUAGUCUUUCGUCUAUUUCUAUGCUGCUAUCAAGUCCCUUCUUAAUCGUUCUAGAGAGUGCAAAUUAAGCUUACCUGAUCUACUGUUCAUAAGUGAGGUUCCUAAUUCCCGGAAUUAACUUUGUCAUCCUUCUCUUGACAAGUUCAAGAGAAUUUAUGUCCAUAGUACGGUGGCCAAAGCUGUACUGCACAACCUAAAUGGUACCUAACAAGACCAAGAUAAAGGUGAAUAACUUUGAAA